AUGAUAUAUGGAAGGCUGCAAGUAGACCCGCCUUCGGGCGGCGAGGCUCUGCCUCCUUAUCUCCAACAGGCCGAUUUCCACCCCGGCAACGGGUUUCCACGACUUAAUGGCCGGCUCAGCCUGUCUGAACACUCGGUCACACAUAAUUCUUUCGACAGCAUCCGAUUGUGCUUUCGAGGGGUCAUCAUCUCGUCCAUUGGUGGAAAGAGCACACUCGAGGACAUCAUUACUCUGACCGACGUCAAGUCGAUUGCGGACUUUGAACCAGCCCAGAACUCGGCCAGCCAGACACGUCAUGUUGGCUUCUACUUUGAAGUGCCCACCAAUGUGUCCAGCAGCGAGGGCAAAUUGCGCGCACUGCCUCUCACGACAAGUAUCUCAGGCACAACCGGAUCGAGUCAACACAUGGCGGUGAACGACAAUCGCACAAUCCAUGGUGACUGCGAGGUGUCGUAUUGGAUUGAAGCACAGUUUCGCAGACGAGGCAAGCAAGUGGGCUACUUGAGCGAAAAGGUCAAGGUGUCGUUCCUCUAUCCUCAUAUACGCGUUUCGCUUGCCAGAGAUGCGCCAUUUGUUCUCAGUGCAAGGCCAGAUCUGCUGUCGCGGUGGCGGUUUCAAAAAGGCCCAGACUUGUCAGUCACAGUAUACCCACCCGACACGGUGACUGAGCGCAGCCCGCAGACAGGAAAGCGACGUCUGGUUCUUCCUCUGGCAGCAACAUUAUGCCUGAAACAAAGCUCAGCAGGCACCCAUUCGAUCGAGUCACGUCAGUCGAUGAAAUGCAGCGCUUCUGUCAAGUGGGAAACGGACACCCGUUUCGCCACGCGAUCCUUACAAGUGGGCGCCGGUCGAUUGAAUUCUGGUGAAAUAGUGCAGAAAAUCACCACGGCUUCCGUCCAAAAACACACAAUUCUUUUCCGACCCCUCCCACAGUACGAUGAUCGGCCUGUUCGAAGUGACUUGGACAGAGCUCAAACCUCACUUGUCGCAACCUCGCAACUGGAACUAGAAAUUCCAGACGCAAUUUGUCAACCAUCGUUAGAUGGCUGGAAUUUCUUGGCAAGGACAUACUACCUCGACGUCACCUUGAAUUUUCAUGGUAUCCAAGGUGCGCCAAAGUAUAACAUUCAGAAACGGAUACCUCUCCGCGUAUCUGCCCUAAGACGGACCGAUGAGGGUGUCUUGAAGGACGACAUCGCCAUCGACGUGUUGGAAAUGAGUGAUGAUGAAAGCAGUGUCGACGGCAGAAGCAGCGACCACAAUUCUGUAAAUGAUCAAGCAGAACCUCAAGGACAGCGAACUCCCGCGCGAAGGGCGACCCCUCCGCCGCCGUAUUUCCCCUGA